AUGGCCGACGAUGCUGUCUCUGAAAAACAUGAAACCCCCGAAAAACCUCUUCCUGCGUCUUCCCCCAUCACUGUCUUUCACGACCCGAAAAACUUCACUGUCAAACACCCCCUUAUGCACCGCUGGACCCUCUGGUUCACCAAGCCACUAACUCCCGGCCAGCGUGCAAGCACCACCGAUGCCUGGGCCGACAGUCUCAAGGAGGUCAUCACGUUUGACAGUGUUGAAGAAUUCUGGGGGAUAUACAACAACAUCGCAAAGGCCUCCCAGCUUCCCCCAAAGAGCGACUACCACCUUUUCAAGACGGGUGUCCGCCCAGAGUGGGAGGACAAGCAGAACCAACGCGGAGGCCGCUGGUCGUACAAUAACAGAGACCGCCGCGCCGUCAACAUAGACGAGCUCUGGCUCCAUAUUAUGUUGGCGGCGAUUGGCGAGACGCUCGAGAACGAGGGCGACAACGAGGUGAUGGGCGUCGUUGUCAAUAUACGCAAGGGCUUUGUGCGCCUCGGCCUGUGGACGCGCUCCACGAGCAACGAGGAUGUCCUCCGUGCAAUCGGGUGUGUCCGGUGCUCCACUGAGGGCUGCUGA